AUGGGGAACCACGUCCCACAGGGAGCCCGCCUGGGGCAAACCCGAGACUGUCCCGGGGCGGAAGCGGGCUCCGGCCACCCCUCCUUUCCCUUGCCCCUGGGCCUCCAGUGCCUUCGGGUCAAAGUGGUCCAGGUAGCCCUGCAGGCCGUGCGUGCGGCCCCUCUGAAGAAGCAGCUCGGAACACUCCACUGCUUCUGUGGGGGCAGUUUCAGGAAUAAAGGCAGAUUCAGGUUCCCGGUAUUCGGAAUUCAGCAUUCGCUGAGUAACUGGGAUGGCCUCGACGACGAGGGGGCGGAGGAACAGGUCUGCUUUACAGCUUUCCCCAGCUCCCUCCCCCACCUGCCCACCCACUUUCCUCUGGGCCUCUUCCUGAUGGGGCAGCUGGCGCUGGAUGGCAGGGUCCCGUUCAGGUCACAGGGCCCAACUGUGGGUCACACCAGAAAGUACUACAAGACCAAGAUCCCUGUUAAUGCAUCUCCAGUGAGAACACCUUCAGCUGGAGCGUCUCCAGCCCAGGCAUCUCCAGCUGGGACAUCUCCAGGCCGGGCAUCUCCAGCCCAGGCAUCUCCAGCCCAGGCAUCUCCAGCUGGGACACCUCCAGGCCGGGCAUCUCCAGCCCAGGCAUCUCCAGCUGGGACACCUCCAGGCCGGGCAUCACCAGCCCAGGCAUCUCCAGCCCGAGCAUCACCAGCCCAGGCAUCGCCAGCCCAGGCACCUCCAGUCCGGGCAUCUCUAGCCCAAGUAUCUCCAGUCAGGGCAUCUCCAGCCAGGGCAUCUCCGGCUCGGUCCUCACCUUCCAGGUCCUCAUCCGGCAGGUCAUCAUCUGCCAGGUCAGCCUCCGUGACAACCUCCCCAACCAGAGUGUACCUUGUUAGAGCAACACCAGUGGGGGCUGUACCCAUCCGAUCAUCUCCUGCCAGGUCAGCACCAGCUGCCAGGGCCACCAGGGAGAGCCCAGGUACGAGCCUGCCCAAGUUCACCUGGCGGGAGGGCCAGAAGCGGCUGCCGCUCAUCGGGUGCGUGCUCCUCCUCAUUGCCCUGGUGGUUUCGCUCAUCAUCCUCUUCCAGUUCUGGCGGGGCCACACAGGGAUCAGGUACAAGGAGCAAAGGGAGAGCUGUCCCAAGCAUGCUGUUCGCUGUGACGGGGUGGUGGACUGCAAGCUGAAGAGUGAUGAGCUGGGCUGCGUGAGGUUUGACUGGGACAAGUCUCUGCUUAAAAUCUACUCUGGGUCCUCCCAUCAGUGGCUUCCCAUCUGUAGCAGCAACUGGAAUGACUCCUACUCAGAGAAGACCUGCCAGCAGCUGGGCUUCGAGAGUGCUUACCGGACAACCGAGGUUGCCCACAGGGAUUUUGCCAACAGCUUCUCAAUCUCGAGAUACAACUCCACCAUCCAGGAAAGCCUCCACAGGUCUGAAUGCCCUUCCCAGCGGUAUAUCUCUCUCCAGUGUUCCCACUGCGGACUGAGGGCCAUGACCGGGCGGAUCGUGGGAGGGGCGCUGGCCUCGGAGAGCAAGUGGCCUUGGCAAGUGAGUCUGCACUUCGGCACCACCCACAUCUGUGGAGGCACGCUCAUUGACGCCCAGUGGGUGCUCACUGCCGCCCACUGCUUCUUCGUGACCCGGGAGAAGGUCCUGGAGGGCUGGAAGGUGUAUGCAGGCACCAGCAACCUGCACCAGUUGCCUGAGGCAGUCUCCAUCGCCGAGAUCAUCAUCAACAGCAACUACACCGACGAGGAGGACGACUAUGACAUCGCCCUCAUGCGGCUGUCCAAGCCCCUGACCCUGUCCGCUCACAUCCACCCUGCUUGCCUCCCCAUGCAUGGACAGACCUUUAGCCUCAAUGAGACCUGCUGGAUCACAGGCUUUGGCAAGACCAGGGAGACAGAUGACAAGACAUCCCCCUUCCUCCGGGAGGUGCAGGUCAAUCUCAUCGACUUCAAGAAAUGCAAUGACUACUUGGUCUAUGAUAGUUACCUUACUCCGAGGAUGAUGUGUGCUGGGGACCUUCGUGGGGGCAGAGACUCCUGCCAGGGAGACAGUGGGGGGCCUCUUGUCUGCGAGCAGAACAACCGCUGGUACCUGGCAGGUGUCACCAGCUGGGGUACAGGCUGUGGCCAGAGAAACAAACCCGGUGUGUACACCAAAGUGACAGAAGUUCUUCCCUGGAUUUACAGCAAGAUGGAGAGCGAGGUGCGAUUUGGAAAAUCCUAA